UGGUUCAUUAGUGGGUUGGCCUAAAAGUUUGAUUCUGCCCUAGCUUAGGUGGUUGUGGAUUGCUAUAAUAGGCCUAAAAUUUAUGUUUUAGAUUUAUUAUGUGGCUUCUUUAGUUUUUUUUGAAAUAGUCUAACUAGAGCCACCACCCUCUUCAGGCAAGCCAGUAUUCCUAGAAACUCAUUGAAAUGGAAAACACUCCUGGAAAAGUACAAAAAAGGGUUACAUUAAAAAAUAUGUGGUAUUGGAUAAUCUCGCUGUUUUUGCUAAGUUAUUAUGCAACAGAAGCUAAAAGUGACUUUGGACAAAAUGGAUCUUUACAGUUGAUGACAAUUGGUUGUGAUAUUGUGGAUGAUUUCAUUUACAUAAAGGCUGUCUACUUAAAAAUUAAAAAUGAUAGCGAGGUUUUCAUGCAAUAUAUGGAUAAGACUAAAAACAGUACAUGGCAAAAAUUUGAAAACUGCACUAAAAAGGUUACGCUUUUAACCAGUUCUAUUAAAUGCAAAACCAUGAGCAUAUUUGACAACAAAACAUACCGCAUCCAGUUGCUAAAUGGAAAUUGGUCCAGCUUGAAUUUAUCUGAUCCCUUCAUGCCAAAAACAUACCGUCGCCAAUGUAUUUCAGGUCAACCAAAGGUGGUUGAUGUGCGGAAGUUAAAGUCAACAUCUUCCUCUAUAAUAGUGCAAGCAAAAGUUUCUCAAAAUGCUUAUUACAAGAAACCAACGAAGGCAAGUCUGAAGGUUUACAAAUCGCCUGAACUAGUUAAAGAGUAUCCAUGUAAGUUAGUCAACAAAUCAGCAACAUGUGUUGCAGAUGGUUUACUCUCAUCUACCCUGUAUAAGCUAUGUGUCACUAUGAAAAUGAAAUAUUAUCAAUCCUAUACUACCUGCAUUAAAGCAAAGACUGAGAAUUCUUCAUCUAAAGAAAACAAAACCGAAACAAAACUAAAAGAGGAUGACAUUUCAGUAAAGAAUGUCACAUGUAAAAAUCAACACGGUUACAUCUACCUUAAAGUACUCUUUGCAAUGAACAAAACAUUUGACAUCGAAAAAGUAAAGUUGCGUUAUCGUGGGCUGUAUGGUAUGGUUGGCAAAUGGAAAACAUGCAAAGAAUGUGAUGUUGAACCAGUUAAAUCCCUAUACAUGCUUACAUGCAAGACGGUAAAAGUGAUGGAUUACAACACCUACACUUUUAAACUGCAGUACAAAGAAUUAACUGCUAAUGCAGUGACCUUGAUGCCUUUGGUUUACAGCAAGUACUGUAAAAGCAAUCAUCAAUUUGAUUUGGUAAAAAUUGCUUCUUCUAAAGUAUCUAUCACUGUGAAGGCGGAGAACAUUACUGCAGGCUCUGCAAUAUAUUACUUCACAUCAAAGGCAACAGCAUACCAGAAGGGGAAACUUGUUUCUUCUGCUCCCUGUGAAAUGAUUUCAUCAUCAGAAGUAACCUGUACAGUAAAACGGUUGGAAAAAUGUGAAGCAUAUUAUGUAUGUGUUACGAUGGUGAAUAUGCUUGGUACUAAAAGUUCUUCCUGCAUAAAUGCAACCACCAAAGGAUGUCCUACAACAAAAGUUGGCAAAGGUAAUGCUAAAGAUAAAAGCAAUCACAGAUCAGUAAUAAUUGGUCUGGUUAUCUUUGCUGCUUUGUUAAUCAGUACUGUUCUUGUUGUAAUUUUUGUACGAAGACACUGGACCAAAAGAACCCCUCUGCUCAAGUCGUCAAAGAGUAACUACGUACAGUUUGAUAAAGAAGACGUGUUAUUUAGAAAUUGAACAGUGACAUAUUUGAACACUACAACAAGAACUUGUUACAGAGAUAUUAUAUUUUUUAUGCUUCCUAUAAUAUGCUUCUUGUUUUUUAUUGUUUAUGCUAGAUUUGUGAUUUUACAUUUUUUUAGACAUUUAAAAUUAUAUACUUUAUGCCAGAUACAAAUAUAAAUAAAUGGUUUAUUAUUAUAUAUUUUGAUACAGAAAAUGAUUAUUUUUUCACACAAAAAUGUUUUUUUACAUAUAAAAUAAAUUAAUGGCUUUAUAUGUUUUAUCAUUUUUAUAAUCAGAAUAUUAACCCUACAAACAUUUAGAUCAUGAUAUCUGUUUCUAUGUUAUACUGUAUCAAUAUAAGUUUGUUUUAUUUGGCUGCAUUUUCUACUAGAGCUUAGCACAUGCUAAAUUUGACAAAAUUACUGCAGGUUAAGAGAUUUCUUGUGCUCAAGUAGACCUUAAGCUCAGCAAAAAUGUGGAAUUAACGACGUUGUUUUUCUCUCCAGCAUCACAUAGUAGUCAAUGACAAGUAUUUUGACCUAUUACGUCAACUGUCAGCUAAAAUUGAAAAAUAACAAAAUUUAUUAAAAAGUUAAAUCAACAAAUAUGUACAAAACAGCUCGUUUAAAUUUUAAAUGCCUUAAAGAUUAUCUUGCUGAUCAAACCACGAGAUAUUUUUGCAAAAUUAUCAGCACCUUCAAUCGUGUCUCUUGUGUUGUGUCAAUUUCCCUGCAUUUUUGCUUUUUGUAUAGCAAGAUUAAAAUUUGAAAACAAUUAUUUGUUUACAGCAGCUGUCAUUAAUUACCUUUUUUAGUUUUAUUUUAAGUGUAUUAAAAUACAUUGGAAAUUUAUUUCUGCCUGAGAGCGAAAAAUUUGUGAGCUCUUUCCGCUAUAGUGAAAAAUGCAGCAAAAUGGAAAUGAGCCUUGUGUUACAUUGUUUCUGAACUGUCACUGUUCGGAAGAGUUAUAGUUAAUUUUACCAUAUUGAUUUUGAAUGGACAUUGACGUAAAGCUAUAUUGAUUAAAGUGUAAUUUAUAAAUAAUUAUUUUUUAAAGAAAAUUAUAUAUUGCUUUUUUGGGUCAGCGUUGAAUUGUUUAUGCAUGCAGUGUUCUCUAAAGGUAUUUAGUGAUUAAAUGGCUGUUAUUGCCAGAAUGACAGCAAAUUAACAGGGUGAAUACCGAUUAAAUACUGCUGGGUUUAUUAUUGAGGUAUAGUAAGUAGUUUCCAGGAAAACUUUCGUGAGUAUAGAGAAAUAAAAUUCCUAAUUUACUGGUUUUAUUUUUUUGAAUUCAUCCUCAAAAAUAUUCUUGGCUGACUUAUUUUCUCGAAUCUUGGUUAAACUCGUGAUAAUAAGUCCUGUAAAAGUUAUGCUAUAAUGAUUUAAUCCAGCAUUAUAGGUUUGUACUAUGUCACAACACAUCUCAUUUCUUCUGUCUGCUUUUUCUUUGACAGUUUUGAGGGGGGAAGUGGCGUUUAUAACAUUUUUAUAUUUAAUAUAUCUUAUUUCUUAUAUUUCGUUUUUAAUGGUUUUUAUAUAAUUGUUUUAUUUUUUUGAUAAAUGAUUUUUAUUUCUUAA